GUGAAGAUGCAGGGAAGCUGCUGCUGCUGCUGCUGAGUGGAGAUAAAGAGCUCAACAUGGGGAACUGGAUUAUCAACCAUGGACUCACAUCAUUCAUACUGGUGGUCUGGAUGGGCAUCAACAUCUUCCUCUUCGUCUGGUUCUAUCAAUUCUACGAUCUGGGGGAUGACUAUUUCUACACGCGUCAUCUUUUGGGGUCUGCCUUGGCCUGGGCCAGAGCUCCUGCAGCGGUCCUCAACUUCAACUGCAUGCUGAUCCUCCUCCCGGUGUGCAGGAACCUGCUGUCGUUUCUCCGAGGCUCCUUUGUGUGUUGCGGAAGAACAAUGAGGAAACAACUAGACAAAAACUUGAGUUUCCACAAGCUGGUGGCGUACAUGAUCGCUCUGAUGACAGCCGUUCACAUGAUCGCCCAUCUGUUAAACGUAGAGUGGUACAACAACAGCAGACGAGGAAUUUAUGAUGAUCUCAGCACUGCUCUGUCCAACCUGGCAGACGAGGAAAACAACACCUACCUGAACCCCAUCCGCACCACAGACGUUGAUGCACAGCAGACCCCAACAUACUUUGUCUUCACCACCAUCGCCGGCCUCACGGGGGUCAUCAUCACUCUGGCCCUCAUCCUCAUCAUCACCUCCUCCAUGGAGGUCAUCAGACGCAGCUACUUCGAAGUCUUCUGGUACACCCACCACCUCUUCGUUAUCUUCUUCGCUGGUCUCGUGUUUCACGGAGCUGGAUUCAUCGUGAGGAAGCAGGUGACGACAAAUCCCCCGCACAAUUUCACCUUAUGUAAAGACCGCAGUGCUGAAUGGGGACGGAAUCCUGAGUGUCCCUAUCCUCAGUUCACAGGAGGGCCGGCACAGACCUGGUGGUGGGUGAUCGGUCCAAUGGUCCUGUACAUCUUUGAACGUCUGCUGCGUUUCAUUCGUUACAUGCAGGCCGUCACAUACAGGAAGAUUGUGAUGCAUCCAUCCAAGGUGCUGGAGCUGCAGCUGAUGAAGGACGGUUUCAAAAUGGAGGUGGGCCAGUACGUCUUCCUCAACUGCCCGGCCAUCUCCCAGCUGGAGUGGCAUCCGUUCACCAUGACCUCCGCCCCCGAGGAGGACUUCUUCACCGUGCACAUCCGCUCUGCUGGGGACUGGACAGACAAACUCAUUGACAUCAUGCAGCAGCUACCGGAGGGAGCACAGGGACCCAAAAUGGGUGUGGACGGACCCUUUGGCACCGCCAGCGAGGACGUCUUCGACUACGAGGUCAGCAUGCUGGUCGGCGCCGGCAUCGGAAUCACUCCCUUCGCGUCCAUCCUCAAGUCCAUCUGGUACAAGUUCAAAAUCUCCAACCCUAAACUGCGCACCAGAAAGAUCUACUUUUAUUGGCUCUGCCGGGAAACACACGCCUUUGAAUGGUUUGCCGACCUGCUGCAGAGUCUGGAGAGAGAGAUGGAGGAGAGAGGGAUGGUGGACUUCCUCACCUACAAGCUCUAUCUGACCGGAUGGGACCAAAGCCAUGCUACUCACGCCUGGAUUCACUCUGAUGAGGACACUGACGUGGUCACUGGGCUCAAACAGAAAACUCACUAUGGCCGACCCGCCUGGGACAAGGAGUUUGAACAAGUCCGCAAAGAAAACCCCACGUCUGUGGUGGGAACUUUCUUGUGUGGCCCUGCAGCUCUAGCGACAGUCUUGGAAAAGAAAUGUGUCAAAUACUCAGAUGUGGAUCCCCGGAAGACCAAAUUUUACUUCAACAAGGAGAAUUUCUGAGUGGAAAAAAACAGACAAGGAAGCAGCAUUUUGGCCUUUUUAAAAGGUCAAACUAUUUUAGAGAAUUUUAAGAACAGGAAUUAUGACAAAGCUGCUCGGCAACAUGCUGCAAUAGCUGGGUGUGUUUGACACGUUGACAAAGAGGCUGGGCAAGUUGUUUAUCUCCUCUACUCAGGGACUGACCCUCCUUUUCAUACAUGACGAAACCAUGAAAUUCACUAUGAGUCAUUGUUUUUACAGUCAAACACACUCAGACAUUCUCUCAUUGUAUCGCCAAUUUAAAGAUGCACAUCUGGUGAAGGCUUAAUGGAGACUUAAUAGAUUAUAAGGAAAUAUUUAACUGUUACAAAACAUCAGGACCUCAAAUGUUUCGUCUAUAUAGUACACUUGUUAACGCAUCAGGUAGAAGAAGGAUUUAUAUUGUAAUUUAAAACUAUAGCCGCUCUGCAACCAACAAGCAUUUCCAUUAUCCAAUAAUCUUCAUAGUUUCAAAAAUCCCAAGUUAAUGUCUUCUGAUUUCUCAUUUAAUGGGUUUUACACUAUUAGACCUGUAACACACUAAAGAAGAGGGAAAAAGCAUAAUAGGGCCACUUUAAAUCAAUUAUCAAAGUUGUUGAUUGACUCUUCUUUUCCAUCAUACUUUUGACUCAAGACAGAAAUCGCCCGCAAUCAAAUACACUGUAAAUACUGUAAAUAUCAGGUUGUGUUUUCCUGGACUUCUUGGAAACAGACUGGUUUAUUAUAACUCAUCAAAUUACACUGGUAUUUCCUUAUCAGUGAUAGACGAGAAGUAAACCAGGAGGAUGACUUCCUGUUGGUUAAUCAUCCACCAAGACUUGGAAGGACUUACUGUUACAAAAACAAUUCUUAUUAUAUGUCGAUUUGUGCUGUUUUUAAAUCCCGUCUUGUAUACAAUUCCAGACUGAUUUUAAAUAAAAG